AUGAAGAUUGAUUGUAAGAUAAAAACUGAUGUUAUAAGACAUACUCAUUUCUCUCACAAUAGAAUUCAAGGAAAGGGACAGAGAUCAUGUGAAAGAUGUGGGAAUCACAGGGGUUUUAACAGAAAGUACAAACUUAAUCUCUGUAGACGUUGUUUUGUAGAAAAGGCUGAUGCUAUUGGAUUUAAAUCAUUGCAUUAA